AUUUUUCCCUGCCGUUUGUAUACUGUGUAGAAUCGACUAUAAGACCGACUUGUAACCAAAGAAACACAGCAAAAGACUUCUAGAAACUACAAAUAAUCGAUCGGAGGAGCGCAAUGACGACGGCGCUUUGCCGGGCUGCGCUGGCGACUUCCACGAAUCGGAAUGCGAAGUGGCGUACAUUUUCGAAGCUCUUUAACCCUCGCCACCACUCCUCGUCGGCCAAAACGGCGUCAUCGCGUCACCAGUGCGCGUCUGUGGCGGAGCAGUUCCUGCUCAGCGACGAGGCUCUUUCAGCCCCGACGCCGUUAGGGAUGAUGCCGGAUGUUCUCCGGCCGCGCGUCGUCGUGUACGACGGCGUUUGCCAUCUCUGUCACGCCGCUUAUCUUAUGCAGAAAAAGAAAAUCCAAUUGAAGAAUCCUCUGUGCUACUUGAUAUAUUGUGACACCUUAAGAGUGAAGUGGAUCAUUAGAGCCGACAAAGACAGAAAAAUCAAGUUCUGUUGUCUGCAAUCAAAUGCUGCCGAGCCUUACAUGAUUGUUAGUGGGCUGACUAGAGAAGAUGUUCUUCGCCGUUUCCUGUUUGUUGAGGGUCCCGGUUCAUACCAUCAAGGGUCUGCUGCUGCUCUGAGGGUUUUGUCAUAUUUGCCCCUGCCCUAUUCCGCAUUGAGUUCCCUAAUGAUUAUUCCAGCUCCUUUGAGGGAUGCCAUUUACGAUUACGUGGCGAAAAAGCGCUAUGAUUGGUUUGGAAAGGGUGAUGAUUGCCUGGUGCUGAAGGAGACAGAAUUGCUCGAGCGCUUUAUUGAUUGGGAAGAACUACUUGAGCGCAUUCGGGAAAAGCAAUUAUGAGAACGUUUGAAUCAAGUAUGUAGAUGGUUUUAAAUCUUGACCGUGAGACUGACUGAAGGAUUUCUUCAAUAGAAUUUUAGGUUCGCGAAGCUUCUUUUCCAGAACCUUUUGUAGCCAUAUUAGAGGGAUAUGGUUAAAUUCUAAUAUUUGGAGUUUUUGGCUUUUAGAUAUUGGGAAGUUUCUGUUUAGAAGUAAUUGGGAAUGAUUUUGUGGCCUUUGGCAUCUCUUUUGGUAGCAGAAUUACUACGCUUUUGACGUACUUGGUUGCUCAGGUGCUUCUUUACAAAUGUUAAAAGCAUGUAGACUGAAUUUCACAAUUUCUGUGCAUAUAUGUAUUAU